UGAAUGAAGCAAAUGUGGGCUGUGACCCCAGAGAUGGGUCCUUCCAGCCCUCUUCUCUGUUCCAGCUGGCCAGACAUGGGGUUUUGAAGCAACAGGAUCUGAACUUGGCUCCUGACUGGGCUGCUAUCACAGCGGUCCUCUUUGUUCUGGGCUUCCUAAUUGUGGUGCUGACAACCCUGGCUCUAGUGCUCCAGCCUGCUGUCGCUAGCAUUAGCCCCCUGAAAAGCUGGAAGCCACGAUGGAGGAGCCUGGGCGAGCCACACAUCCCACCAGAGUACAUCCUCCUUAAAGACAGCCUUCAGUUCUAUCAGACGGUUGGUCCUCAUGGUUCUGGAGAAGAUGCUGGCUUUGGAGAGAAAGGAGCUGCACAUAAUGCAGAAGAGCGUUUUGCACUGAGGGUUCUGGAGGAUUUCAGUGUUCGCACCCUGUAUGAUAAGCUGGAAGAUCAGAAUUUGCACCUGGCAUCUCAGCUGGCAAAGCACAGGAUGGAUGUGUUGGUGUUUUACAACAAAAUCAGCCAGCAGAUUCAAAGUCUCAUGGACAUGGUGCAAGCACUGGACUCUGAAGGCCUGAAAAUCUUUGCCAGGCAAAGGAUUUGUGGGCAUAAACCUGCAGACAGCAGCUGGGCACCAGCAGCUGUUGAACAAUGUGAUGAACACUGCAGCGACAGCUUCCAAGCAGGUGCUCUGUGGCAAGAGGCAACAGAAUUAAUGAAAGCUCUGGAAAUGCUCCUUGGGAACACUCUGUACAAGAACAUAGCUGUGAAACGAGAGACGGAGCAGGAGGUCCACAGACAGGAUGCGGUGGUCGCUGUACCCUCACUGGACAGCCUGGCCAGUGAAAGUAAAUCAGAAGUAGUGGAAGGGCAGGAUCAUGAGCUGUCUCAGCAAUGUGAGCUCUUCAGUAGGAAAGGUGCUUUUUUCAGCUUCCCUGGACAUGAAGAACAUGGUUUAGAUCUCCAGUUGGCUUAUCUGACUGAGUUGGAGGUGGAGGGCCUGAUAGCAGCUUCCCCCCUUGCCAAGACUCUGUGUGAGAUCAAGCAAGCUUUGGUGAAUCUGCAGCAACCUUCAGACUUUGUUAAUCCAGACAGCAAACAUCAAACAAACGUGGGGAGCUCAGCCCUCUUCUGAGCUGCUGGAUUCUUGGGCCACAAAGAGAGAUGAAGCUCUGCUGCUGGAAAUAAAGAGGAGCUGCGUUGCUCAGAGGAUUGAAGAGACAGAAACAGAAGUAUUUCAUCUUCUGCAAAGUAAAAUAGCCACCAUCUUAUUUCCUUGAGGAACCUGGCUUAUCCUUGGCAAUGGCUAAAGGUGGAUUAUGGGAGAGUGUGUUUGUCUGUGGACAGAGCUGCAGUACCUGAAGUAUCAGAAUAGAUAUGUAUUUAGUUAGAGAUGUACUCGAUCAAAUACGUAAUGAAUAAUCCAUAUUCUGUUUGCUUAACCUGGUUGAAAUAUUUUCACACUUGCCUUGGAUUACCAAUAAUUUGUAGGCUUGAGAAGGAAGCUGAGGUUCUUGACGUUGUCUACUAAUUUUACAGUUUUCAUUGUUAAGUCAGUAAAGCAGAAAACAUGUGAAGCCACGGGUGGCAUAAGAGCCCCUACGUAUCAAUGCAUUCUGUAUAGCCUUUAUGAUCUCUGAUACGAAGGAUAUUUGUGAGGGUUUUUUAAGUAUAGUUUAGAGCCAUACUUAUAAGCCUUGCCCAGCAUCUCUAUAUUGCGUGUGCAUGUUUUCAAUAUACUCAUGCUGAUCUCAGUGAGGUCUGCUGGCAGAGACCUUGAAGGUCUCCAGAGAUGUGAUUUUUUUUGAGCAAAGAGUACACUUAA